UUCACUGAUUAGAGCCAGCGCUGAGAGGCAGCACCGCUCCUUCUCUCACACCAACCGAGUCUCUUGAUCUGUACAUGCAAUCCCAGGCAGCUCGCGAGCACACACCCGGGGCCAGCCGCCUGCCGCUGCCGCCGCCGCCGCCGCCGCUGCCUCCGCCGGCUCCGCGCGCCCUGGACUUCCCAUGCGCCGCACUCUCCGCCUUCUUCUCUAGGUGCCCAGAAAAGUGCGCACGUUCUCCCCAGGAAUUUCCACGGUCUUAGAAGGGCAUGAUUCCCCAGUAACAUUCCCUGCCCUCAUCCAAGGUGCCGCUCGGCUUCCUUCCCAGGGAAGACUGCUUCUUGUGUGACGCCAGCCCUUGAAAGAGACUCCGAUGGACUUACACCGGGCAGCCUUCAAGAUGGAGAACUCUUCCUACCUUCCCAACCCUCUGGCAUCACCAGCACUGAUGGUCUUGGCAUCCACAGCUGAGGCCAGCCGGGAUGCUUCCAUCCCUUGUCAACAGCCACGACCCUUUGGUGUACCUGUCUCAGUAGACAAGGAUGUGCAUAUUCCCUUCACCAAUGGCUCCUACACCUUUGCCUCUAUGUACCAUCGGCAAGGUGGGGUACCAGGCACUUUUGCCAAUCGUGAUUUCCCCCCUUCCUUAUUACACCUCCACCCUCAGUUUGCUCCCCCUAAUCUAGAUUGCACCCCAAUCAGCAUGCUGAAUCAUAGUGGUGUGGGGGCUUUCCGUCCCUUUGCUUCUACUGAGGACCGAGAAAGCUAUCAGUCAGCCUUUACACCAGCCAAACGACUUAAGAACUGCCAUGACACAGAGUCUCCCCACCUGCGCUUCUCAGAUGCAGAUGGCAAGGAAUAUGACUUUGGGACACAGCUGCCAUCUAGCUCUCCCGGUUCACUUAAGGUUGAUGACACUGGGAAGAAGAUUUUUGCUGUCUCUGGCCUCAUUUCUGAUCGGGAAGCCUCAUCUAGCCCAGAGGACCGGAAUGACAGAUGUAAGAAGAAAGCAGCAGCAUUGUUUGACAGCCAAGCUCCGAUCUGCCCCAUCUGCCAAGUCCUGCUGAGGCCCAGUGAGUUGCAGGAACACAUGGAACAGGAACUGGAGCAACUGGCCCAAUUACCCACCAGCAAGAAUUCCCUUCUGAAGGAUGCCAUGACUCCAGGCACCCCCAAGUCCCUCCUAUUGUCUGCUUCCAUCAAGAGGGAAGGAGAGUCUCCUACAGCGUCACCACACUCAUCUGCCACCGAUGACCUGCACCACUCAGACAGAUACCAGACCUUCCUGCGAGUGCGAGCCAACCGGCAGACCCGACUGAAUGCUCGGAUUGGGAAAAUGAAACGGAGGAAGCAAGAUGAAGGGCAGAGGGAAGGCUCCUGCAUGGCUGAGGAGGAUGCCGUGGACAUCGAGCAUGAGAACAGCAAUCGCUUUGAGGAGUAUGAGUGGUGUGGGCAGAAGCGGAUACGGGCCACCACUCUCCUGGAAGGUGGCUUCCGAGGCUCUGGCUUCGUCAUGUGCAGUGGCAAAGAGAACCCAGACAGUGAUGCUGACCUGGAUGUGGAUGGCGAUGACACUCUGGAGUAUGGGAAGCCACAAUACACAGAGGCUGAUGUCAUCCCCUGCACGGGCGAGGAGCCUGGUGAAGCCAAGGAAAGAGAAGCACUCCGGGGUGCAGUCCUAAAUGGUGGCCCUCCCAGCACCCGUAUCACGCCUGAGUUUUCCAAGUGGGCUAGUGACGAGAUGCCAUCCACCAGCAAUGGCGAAAGCAGCAAGCAGGAGGCCAUGCAGAAGACCUGUAAGAACAGCGACAUUGAGAAAAUCACCGAAGAUUCCACUGUGACCACAUUCGAGGCCCUGAAGGCUCGGGUCAGGGAGCUUGAACGGCAGCUAUCUCGGGGGGACCGGUACAAAUGCCUCAUCUGCAUGGACUCGUACUCGAUGCCCCUGACGUCAAUCCAGUGCUGGCACGUGCACUGUGAGGAGUGCUGGCUUCGGACCCUGGGUGCCAAGAAGCUGUGCCCUCAGUGCAACACGAUCACAGCACCUGGAGACCUGCGGAGGAUCUACUUGUGAGCUAGCUACCCAGGCAGCCUUGCCUUGAGCAGCCUUGCGCCCCAGCCUCUGUGUGACAGUGACCCUCUCCCCUUGUACAUACUUGCACACAGGUUCCCCAUGUAUAUACAUGCACAUACACUCAUAUACGUGUGCGCGCGCACACACGUACACAGACUCUGGAGCCAGAGUGGCUGAGGCCCAGCCCUACCUGCUGGCUCCCACUAAGCUUGGGGACCAUACCUGUUCCAGCCUCCAUUCCCAGGAUAGGGCAGGGAGGUGGGGCAGGGAGUAGGCAGCCAAGAAUGCUGAGAUCCAGCUCCCAGACUGACUGACUGACAGACAUGCAGACACCAGACUGAAGCACAUGUAAUAUAGACUGUGUAUGUUUACAAUGUUGUGUAUAAAUGGGACAACACCUUCGUCCUCCAGCUCCUCCCCUCAGUUGUAUGAUUUUCUUGUUGUUUUGAGGAACCUCUGGAAGCAGUGCCUCCCUCAGGGCUGGCUGGGGGCUCGGCCUAUCCAGCCCUUGGGUUGCCUGCCUCCCUUUCCCGUGGCGUCCCUCCCCUCUCCUAUGUGCUCAGUGUUCAGUGGUGUAUAUUUCUUCUCCCAGGCAUGGGGCCCGUGCCCCACAGGACAUGAUCUUAUCCCUAGUCUUAGCUCAUGAGGCUCUUUUUGAGGACUUGGGGUGGGGAAGGAACUGGGACCCAAGCUAAAGCAGAGGCCGAGGUCUGGGCUGGCUGAGGGUGCUGUGGGUUGCCCAGAUUUUGCUGAGAACCAUUCCUGGGAGUAGAGCUGCUAUUCCCAGGAGAAGGUUGUCUCCCUGCCCCUCCUGUGUGCCCCAUGGUGUGAUACUGUGUCUGUAUAUUCUAUACAAAGGUACUUGUCCUUUCCCUUUGUAAACUACAUUUGACAUGGAUUAAACCAAUGUAAACAGAU